AAAAAGGAGAAUAAUAAUAAUAUCUUCCAUAAUGAAUCCCACCACGCUUCUCCCUCUCCUCUUUCUCUCUCUCGCAUAAACACACACACUGAGCGUGAGAUAGACAGGAAUCCACCUUCCAUGUGAAGUGUGGUAUAUACAUAAAGAAAGAAGAGAGAGAGGGAGAGAAGAGUGACCUGAAGAGAGAGAAGAGUGACCUGAAAGACAGCCAAAUUCAGAGGUGGAUGUAGCAUAUAUCUUGCUUCUUCAUUGAAUGAAUCUCCCUUUUUCUGUUAAUAAGUAGCUGCAUCUGCUGCUGGUGACAAGUGUCGUCAUGACGCAAUUGAGACCACAAAUCUUUCAAGAAUUUGGGCUUUGCUUGCAAAUCUUUGACCUUUGAAACUGACCAUUGCUAAAUUUGAGAAUGGGAGCUUUGUCGUUUGAACCAACGAUCUUCUGCCCACUUGAUUAUGUGACGCUGGGGCUCAAGGACCCGAUCAAGGACUACCUGGGAAAGCCCCGAGUCCUUUCACUUCUUUCAUCGAUUCUGGAUAAAACUGUCAAGGAAAAUGAGAAGAUGCUAGAGACAUCAGAAGCCGAAGAUGUCAUUACUGUGUUCCAUGGUACGAGAGCGCCUUCUCUGAGCAUUCAGCAAUACAUUGAUCGGAUUUUUAGGUAUUCGAACUGCAGCCCUUCCUGCUUCGUGAUUGCACAUAUAUACGUGGACAGAUUCAUUCAUCGGACAAACUUACGCCUCAAUUCCCUCAACAUCCACCGCCUUCUUAUAACCAGCGUGAUGGUGGCAGCAAAAUUCAUGGAUGAUGCAUUCUUCAACAAUGCAUAUUAUGCUAGAGUGGGAGGCAUAACCACGAGAGAAUUGAACAAGCUCGAGAUGAAGUUUCUCUUUGGAGUGGAUUUCCAACUUCAUGUUAGCGUACAGACGUUUAAGAAAUAUUGCUCGACCCUCAAACAGGAAGCCUCGUGCGGACUCAUUGAACGUUCCAUCCCCGUAUGUGGAACGGAAGACGGCUGUACGAGCAACGAUGACGAUUCUCUCUAUUCUCAUUCAACCUCUAGAUGACAACUUCUGCGCUGAUUUUUCUGCCGCGCAAGCAACAUCAUCAGCAAGAGGUUCUUUCCACUCGUUAAUUGCAUCCUACAGUAACCAGAUGCCCUGUGUGAUAAAAAUUGGGGCUAAAUAGGUUUUCAAUGUUUAUUUUGUGUUAGUACAUAGGUUUUUCUGGGCUUCCCUAGGCUUUUGUUUUCGUCUCCUUAUUUAAAUUUUGUUCAGUCCUGAAAGUAAACUUGAGACAUGAUUCUUUGAUUGGUAUUGCUAUUUGAUCGAUGAUUUCGAUUUUGCA